AUGCAGUCUGAAGUUCUGAUACCUGUCCGCCCCGCUCAGCAGGUUUCCCCUGGUAAGGCAUUGACAGCUAUCAAGCCGGAAAGGCUUCCCCCAUCUUCAAUUCAAUCCAAAGCCCAAGUCACACAGAAGUAUAUGUCUAGCAGCCUAAAACUUGUCAUUGUAGAGACCGGUCCCGUGGGGACCCUGGCAGCACUUUAUGCCGCCAGUCGAGGGUGGAAGGUGGAAAUAUACGAGCUCCGGGCGGACGCUCGUCUCUUGAAAAAUUCCGUCGCUGGCGAAAGGGCUUCGAUCAGUCUCGCACUCGAGAGAUGUGUAAUGUAA